AUGAGUCGAUUCACUGCCGACUACUCUUCUAGCAUCAAUUCCACGCCCGCCAGAGACCCUCCGCAGCAGCGCAACAACCACCUCUUUUCGUCCAACCCUUCCCAGUUUCCCAGCACCACUCCCAUUGCCCCUCCGCCUUCUCAGAUUUUUGGCAGUUCCGGAUUUGACACCGGUGUCUCCAAGCUACAGUUCUCGCAGCCCUCAAAGGCCACCCCGUCCGGCCAGCCAGCCAUCCGACCAUUCCAUACUUCUUUUGGCACUUCGCACGCUUCAGGAUACACAGAACAGGAUGACCAAGAAUACUCCGAUGGCGCGAUGGAAGAGGAGGAUGACGACGACCAGACCGGACCCAUCCCACCUGCCUUUCAGUCGGUGAACAACCCGCCCGCACACUCUCUCAUGAAAUUCAGCGCAGCCAGCAGCAGACAGUCCAGAGUCGUCCCGUUCCGGCGCUCUCUUCGAAGCUCCAGAAUCUCUGCACUCCCACACAAGGGUGAUGAGUCUGUCGUGGUCAACCUCGCUCGAGACCUUGGUUCACGUGGACAGCCGGCACCAUUGAACGAGCCUGACCAAGUCAUUAUGCAGACUGAAAAUUUGCUUCGGUCCCUUGAAGAUCAAUUACAACGCUUAAAGACCAGUAGCGAGGCCCAGCAAUUUGUCGCCGCCGCAGCGCGUCACCUACUUGGUCGUUGGCAACGUUUUGCUGGAGCUGAGCGCCCUACUUUUGAGAGCCCAGAUGUUGGCCCACCUGGUUCUGCAUCCCUCUUCUCCAAGGCAAACUAUCUCGUGUCUCUGCUUCUGAUCCUUCGGCAUCCGCAGCCAGCAGCCGACGGUGAUCUGACUCCAACUCCCAAAGUCCUUCUUGAAUGGUUAGAUCAGCACCAUGUCUCUUACGAUGAGCUGUUCCACAAUGUGGCUUCACAUGGUUCCAAUUGCACGGCCAGCCCCAUUUUCUGGGGUGCCGUGCAGAGUUUCGUGCUACGGGGGAAGCUUCAGUUCGUCAUGCAAUUGUUCGCUGACGCCGACUUCAAAUAUGCUGCGUCUGCAGUGGACGACGGUGGCGACGCACCAGGGUACAAAGGUGCCCAAUUACAAUCGAUUCAAAGCAUAAUCUAUCGAGCGCGACUGCUACUGAAUUCUUGUCCGGCAGUCCAGAACGAUGAUUGGAAUGUCGCAGGAAGAGAUUGGGAUCUAUUCCGAACUCAGGUAGACGCUGAACUGGACUCCCUCAACGAACUCGCCGUCAGCCAUGACGACGAUGAUGACAACUCCUUCGAAGCCGAAAAUUUUGGUAUUCGAAGGCCUGGCACAAACCUUCUGACUAAACUUGGCCGCAAAUCAACCUCAACCAUUCCCUGGUCAAUCUUUACUGGCUUGAAGAUUGUAUACAACAUCUUGCUUGGUAGUGCGGAGGAAAUUGUUGCUCAGUCUCAAGACUGGCUCGAGGCUGUGACUUCGCUCACUAUAUGGUGGGAUGGAACCGCCGACGCAGCUGUAGCACAAUGGAGCUUUGAUGUAAGUCGGGCGAACAACAUGGCUGAGGAUGAUGACAGCGACAUCAAUCCUUACUUGAAUCGACUGAGAGAGUCCUUCCUUUCUGUGACGUCCCCAGAUAUCAAGAACAGUCAGUUGAGAAUGAACACGAUGUCCCCAGUCGAAGUAGGACUGGGAAGCAUUCUACAGGGCAACGUGACAGGUGCUCUCAUCAUACUACGUACCCUGUCUCAAUGUAUUGCUUCAUCUGUCGCCGAAAUUGGUGCACUGGCUGGCUGGUUGGAACAUGACAGUCCAGUUCGCCCUGCUGGAUUGAAUGAGGAAGAUUUAAUAGUAUUGAGCUAUGGUGCACCCAAACAUGGCGUCAGCAAAGAUGAAGUCAUGUUGGGAUAUGCAGAGGCACUAUUUGAAAAGCCGGACCUUGUUCUGCCAGAUGAGGUCCCAGUGGAAGGCUGGGAAGUGGCACUCUCGGUAGUCAGCCGACUUGACGAUAGAGAGGCAAUGCAUAAUGCUGUCAGCAAUUUCAUUGAUCAUCUUGACGUGGUGUCUCAAGACCGUGCAGAGAAGCUGGCCGAGCUAUGCUCCGGGUUAGGCCUUAAGGAGGAAGCUCAAAAGGUCUCUGAUCGAUUUGGUGAUUAUCUCGUCAACAACACAACAGAGUACGGCACAGCCUUGCUCUGCUAUGCCAGGAGUCAUUCGUCCAACAAAGUUCGCCAAUUGGUCGAUCUACUCAUCAGCUACUCAUUGGUGCAAUCACGCGCAUACCCACCCGAUGAUGAACUGGACGAGGGUCUGCAAGAUUUGGUCGAAAAUCCACGCACGGCACUCGCCGAUAUUGCCGAGUUCGACCCGGAUGCCGCAGAACUCUUGCAGUUCUACCUCGUUGGCUACGCCUGUCUACGACGCUUCUAUACGUUAAGAGACGAAGGAGUCGAUUCCUCGAAGCCCGGCAAAACCUCCGGACUCCGACCUCUUGCACGGAGACGUGCGGCUUCCAAGGCUCUUGUUACAGCGAUCAACAGUGCCGCAGACAGCAUAUACGGAGGCCUCUAUGAUCCGGAACGCCAAUCUGCCAUCCAAGUCGACGGAUUACUCACUCUUCUUGGUGAGGCCACGGCGCUACUAUCCAGCAACAACAGCGGCACCAACGGGUCCAAAUCGGCGACAUUCACCACCACACAAAUCUACGCUCUCCUUGCUGCAAUCGAAGACCUCUCAACUGUCUCCUCGCGCGUUUACGACGCAACAGAGGAAUGCUUACAAGCCGCACUGCGGCACUUCCACGGCUCGCAACCACCCAGCCCGCACGCGAUGCUCAAGAAAACCAUGUCGUCGGGCACGGCGUCGAACUUCAGCUUCAGCAUGAUGGGAAGCGAGAUGAUCAGCGGAAGCUCCAGCGGGGUGCUGGUGUCGAAGCCCGGCGGCGGUAGCAAGGGAGGGGACACGUUCAGCAGAGGCUGGGACUGGAGGGCCCAAUUCGGGGACAAAGGCACCUCGGGCAAGGAUGUCGUCAGAGCGCUCCGCGUCGCGCUUGCGGCUGAGUUGAGUCUCGCGGAAUUGGAGGAAUGA